GCUUGGUACAGGGACGCUGAUAACUAAUAAGGCCAAUGAGGGACAGAUAAGUUCGAAUGCAAAUGACACAACGAAAGGUCUUCUUAGUAUUGAUAAAAUACGGUUUUUUCUGCAUUGUCGUUUGUCCUCAAAGUUGGUUUUGCGUGUGUUCUCGAAGGAAGCAGCAGCAUCAUGGAUGAUAUGUCUCCAUGUCUCCCGAUUCGAAGACAAUGAACCAUUGAUGGGGAGAAAGGCGGUGAUCCUUUAUCCUGGAGGAGGAGACGUGUCCAGUCCAGCGAGACGUGUCUUCAGUAGAUUGUAUGGAAGCAACGCUGGUACAAACGUUCGAGAAGUCGCAGAGGGUGGCGAUGGAGGCUUUGCUCUAGCAGGAUUAUAUUUAAUUUGCUUUUUAUCGCUUGUGCUGAAUUACUGA